CAACUUCGUCACGAGGUUGUUGUAUCGUGGCUUCAUACUUUAAUUCGGGACUGAAUAUUUCUGUGUGUGGGGUUAAUGAUAAUGCCACUCGAACAAGUCGGACAUACAUAAGCCCGGACAUUCUAAUGUGAUUCUCCAAGAUUCUCCCAAGCUCUUCCAUCAUGGCUGGUAACGCCGAUUUCCUGGUUGAAGCUCUGAAAAACGCUGAAUUGACACCGGAUCAAUGGGUUGCCAUUGCGGACGCUUGUGAUCAAUGCCCAAAGACCAUCGGCAAUUCAUUAUUUCUAUCCUCACAAUCUUCGACUUUCAUACUCUCCACUCCGUCGAAUGUCGAACGCGCAGUGUAUACAAGCUCCGGCUCUACAGUUGUUCCUUCGAUGCCGCACCUCAGUUCUAGUCGCUCUAUCAUUUCAGAUCCUGUCGUGUACAAUAACCUACAGCAAAAGCUCCAGGAAAUUCAAGAAUCUGCUAGCAAGGAUUCGAUAGCUUUUCCGCAUCUUGAUCAUGCGAUAAAGUCCUACACGAAUGGACGUCGUGAUUUUGUGCCAUCUGCUUCUAAGACGGCUGCCGAAGAUCCUCACCAGCCUGCGAAUUCACGUUUACCAGGUAUCUUGUAAUUCGUGCUGAGAAAGGGAUUGAAACCCCUCGAACGACUUCACAUGCUCGAUAAAG